AUGGUCGUGGUCGUGGACGUGGACGUGGACGUGGACGUGGACGUGGUCGUGGACGUGGACGUGGACGUGGACGUGGACGUGGACGUGGACGUGGUCGUGGACGUGGUCGUGGACGUGGUCGUGGACGUGGUCGUGGACGUGGUCGUGGACGUGGACGUGGACCUGGACGUGGACGUGGACGUGGACGUGGACGUGGAUGUGGACGUGGUCGUGGACGUGGUCGUGGACGUAUACGUGGACGUGGUCGUGGACGUCGACUUGGACGUGGACGUGGACGUGGACGUGGACGUGGACGUGGACUUGGACGUCGACGUGGACGUGGACUUGGACGUGGCCGUGGACGUGGACGACGUGGACAUGGACGUUGACGUGGACGUGGAUGUGGACUUGGACGUGGACGUGGAUGUGGACUUGGACGUGGAUGUGGACGUGGACGUCGACAUGGCCCUGGACGUGGACGUGGACGUGGUCGUGGACGUGGACGUGGACAUGGACGUGGCCGUGGACGCAGACGUGGACGUGGACGUGGACGUGGACUUGGACGUGGACGUGGACGUGGACGUGGACGUGGAGGACGUGGACGUGGACGUGGAGGACGUGGACGUGGAGGACGUGGACGUGGUCAUGGACGUGGACGUGGUCGUAGACGUGGACGUGGUCGUGGACGUGGACGUGGACGUGGACCUGGACCUGGUCGUGAACGUGGACGUGGAGGACGUGGACGUGGACGUGGAGGACGUGGACGUGGACGUGGAGGACGUGGACGUGGAGGACGUAGACGUGGACGUGGACCUGGACGUCGACGUGGACGUGGUCGUGGACGUGGACGUGGUCGUGGACGUGGACGUGGACGUGGACGUGGACGUGGCCGUGGACGUGGACGUGGACGUGGACGUAAACUUGGACGUGGACGUGGACGUGGACGUGGCCGUGGACGUGGACGUGGACGUGGACGUGGUCGUGGACGUGGACGUGGACGUAGACGUGGACUUGGACGUGGACGUGGACGUGGACGUGGACGUGGACGUGGCCGUGGACGUGGACGUGGCCCAGGACGUGGACGUGGACGUGGACGUGGACCUUGACAUGGACGUGGACGAGGACGUGGACGUAGACGUGGACGUGGACGUGGGCGUGGGCGUGGUCGUGGUCGUGGUCGUGGACGUGGACGUGGACGUAGACAUGGUCGUAGACGUGGACGUGGACGUAGACAUGGUCGUAGACGUAGACGUAGACGUGGACGUAGACGUAGACGUGGACGUGGACGUGGGCGUGGUCGUGGUCGUGGACGUGGACGUGGACGUGGAGGAUGUUGACGUGGACGUGGAGGACGUGGACGAGUACGUAGACGUGGUCGUGGACGUGGACGUGGACGUGGACGUGGUCGUGGACGUGGACGUGGACGUGGACAUGGUCGACGUGGACGUGGACGUAGACGUGGACGUGGACGUGGACGUUGUCGUAAACGUGGACGUGGACGUGGACGUGGAUGUGGACGUGGACUUGAACGUGGACGUGGACGUGGACGUGGCCGUGGACGUGGACGUGGCCGUGGACGUGGACGUGGACCUGGCCCUGGACGUGGACGUGGACGUGGACGUAGACGUGGACGUGGACGUGGACGUUGUCGUAGACGUGGACGUGGACGUGGACGUGGAUGUGGACGUGGACUUGAACGUGGACGUGGACGUGGACGUGGACGUGGCCGUGGACGUGGACGUGGCCGUGGACGUGGACGUGGACCUGGCCCUGGACGUGGACGUGGACGUGGACCUGGCCCUGGACGUGGACGUGGUCGUGGACGUGGACGUGGACGUGGACGUGGACGUGGACGUGGAGGACGUGGUCGUGGACGUGGACGUGGACGUGGACGUGGACGUGGAGGACGUGGACGUGGACGUGGACGUGGUCGUGGCCGUGGACGUGGACGUGGACGUGGACGUGGAGGACGUGGACGUGGACGUGGACGUGGACGUGGCCGUGGACGUGGACGUGGACGUGGACGUGGACGUGGUCGUGGACGUGGACGUGGACGUGGACAUGGACGUGGACGUGGACGUAGACGUGGACGUGGACGUGGACGUGGACGUGGACGUGGUCGUGGACGUGGACGUGGACGUGGACGUGGACCUGGACGUGGAGGACGUGGACGUGGAGGACGUGGACGUGGACGUAGACGUGGACGCGGUCGUGGACGCGGUCGUGGACGUGGACGUGGACGUGGACGAGGACGUGGACGUGGUCGUGGACGUGGACCUGGACGUGGUCGUGGACGUGGACGUGGACGUGGACGUGGACGUGGACAUGGACGUGGACAUGGAGGACGUGGACGUGGACGUGGCGGACGUGGACGUUGACGUGGACGUGGACGUGGACGUGGACGUUGUCGUGGACGUGGACUUGAACGUGGACGUGGACGUGGACGUGGACGUGGCCGUGGACGUGGACGUGGCCGUGGACGUGGACGUGGACCUGGCCCUGGACGUGGACGUGGAUGUGGACGUGGACGUGGACGUGGACGUGGUCGUGGACGUGGACGUGGACGUGGACGUGGACUUGGACGUGGACGUUGACGGAGACGUGGACGUGGACGUGGACGUGGAGGACGUGGACGUGGACGUGGACGUGGAGGACGUGGACGUGGACGUGGACGUGGACGUGGUCGUGGACGUGGACGUGGUCGUGGACGUGGACGUGGACGUGGACGUGGACGUGGUCGUGGACGUGGACGUGGACGUGGACGUGGACGUGGUCGACGUGGACGUGGACGUAGACGUGGACGUGGACGUGGACGUGGACGUGGUCGUGGACAGGGACGUGGACGUGGACGUGGUCUUGGACGUGGACGUGAACGUGGACGUGGAGGACCUGGACGUGGACGUGGAGGACGUGGACGUGGACGUAGACGUGGACGUGGACGAGGACGCGGUCGUAGACGUGGACGUGGUCGUGGACGUGGACGUGGACGUGGACGAGGACGUGGACGUGGACGUGGUCGUGGACGUGGACGUGGACGUGGUCGUGGACGUGGACGUGGACGUGGACGUGGACGUGGUCCUGAACGUGGACGUGGACGUGGACGUGGACGUGGACGUGGACAUGGACGUGGACCUGGAGGACGUGGACGUGGACGUGGAGGACGUGGACGUUGACGUGGACGUGGACGUGGACGUGGACGUUGUCGUAGACGUGGACGUGGACGUGGACGUGGAGGUGGACGUGGACUUGAACGUGGACGUGGACGUGGACGUGGACGUGGCCGUGGACGUGGACGUGGCCGUGGACGUGGACGUGGACCUGGCCCUAGACGUGGACGUGGACCUGGACAUGGACGUGGACGAGGACGUGGACGUGGACGUGGACGUGGACGUGGACGUGGACGUGGACAUGGACGUGGACAUGGAGGACGUGGACGUGGACGUGGCGGACGUGGACGUUGACGUGGACGUGGACGUGGACGUGGACGUUGUCAUGGACGUGGACUUGAACGUGGAUGUGGACGUGGACGUGGACGUGGCCGUGGACGUGGACGUGGCCGUGGACGUGGACGUGGACCUGGCCCUGGACGUGGACGUGGAUGUGGACGUGGACGUGGACGUGGACGUGGUCGUGGACGUGGACGUAGACGUGGACGUGGACUUGGACGUGGACGUGGACGGAGACGUGGACGUGGACGUGAACGUGGAGGACGUGGACGUGGACGUGGACGUGGAGGACGUGGACGUGGACGUGGACGUGGACGUGGUCGUGGACGUGGACGUGGACGUGGUCGUGGACGUGGACGUGGACGUGGUCGUGGACGUGGACGUGGACGUGGACGUGGACGUGGUCGACGUGGACGUGGACGUAGACGUGGACGUGGACGUGGACGUGGACGUGGUCGUGGACGUGGACGUGGACGUGGACGUGGACGUGGUCGUGGACGUGGACGUGGACGUGGACGUGGACGUGGAGGACGUGGACGUGGACGUGGAGGACGUGGACGUGGACGUAGACGUGGACGUGGACGAGGACGCGGUCGUGGACGUGGACGUGGUCGUGGACGUGGACGUGGACGUGGACGUGGACGUGGACGUGGACGUGGUCGUGGACGUGGACGUGGACGUGGUCGUGGACGUGGACGUGGACGUGGACGUGGACGUGGUCCUGAACGUGGACGUGGACGUGGACGUGGACGUGGACGUGGACAUGGACGUGGACCUGGAGGACGUGGACGUGGACGUGGAGGACGUGGACGUUGACGUGGACGUGGACGUGGACGUGGACGUUGUCGUAGACGUGGACGUGGACGUGGACGUGGAGGUGGACGUGGACUUGAACGUGGACGUGGACGUGGACGUGGACGUGGCCGUGGACGUGGACGUGGCCGUGGACGUGGACGUGGACCUGGCCCUAGACGUGGACGUGGACGUGGACCUGGACAUGGACGUGGACGAGGACGUGGACGUGGACGUGGACUUGGACGUGGACGUGGACGUGGACGUGGACGUGGUCGUAGACGUGGACGUGGACGUGGACGUGGUCGUGGACGUGGACGUGGACGUGGACGUGGACGUGGAGGUGGAUGUGGACGUGGACGUGGACGUGGACGUGGAGGACGUGGACGUGGACGUGGACGUGGAGGACGUGGACGUGGAGGACGUGGACAUGGACGUGGACGUGGAUGUGGAAGUGGUCGUGGACGUGGACGUGGUCGUAGACGUGGACGUGGACGUGGUCGUGGACGUGGACGUGGAAAAUGUGGACAUGGACGUGGACGUGGACGUAGACGUGGAGGACGUGGACGUGGAGGACGUGGACAUGGACGUGGACGUGGACGUGGAAGUGGACGUGGAAGUGGUCGUGGACGUGGACGUGGUCGUAGACGUGGACGUGGACGUGGACGUGGACGUGGAGGACGUGGACGUGGACGUGGAGGACGUGGACGUGGACGUCGACGUCGACGUGGACGUGGUCGUGGACGUGGACAUGGACGUGGACGUGGACCUGGUCGUGGACGUGGACGAGGACGUGGACGUGGACGUGGACGUGGACGUAGACUUGGACGUGGACGUGGACGUGGACAUGGCCCUGGACGUGGACGUGGACGUGGACGUGGUCGUGGACGUGGACGUGGACGUGGACGUGGACGUGGUCGUGGACGCAGACGUGGACGUAGACGUGGACGUGGACGUGGACUUGGACGUGGAGGUGGACGUGGACGUGGACGUGGAGGACGUGGACGUGGAGGACGUGGACGUGGACGUGGACGUGGACGUGGUCGUGGACGUGGACGUGGUCGUAGACGUGGACGUGGUCGUGGACGUGGACGUGGACGUGGACCUGGACGUGGACGUGGACGUGGACGUGGUCGUGGUCGUGGACGUGGACGUGGACGUGGACGUGGACGUGGUCGUGGACGUGGAUGAGGACGUGGAGAGGGACGUGGACGUGGACGUGGCCGUGGACGUGGACGUGGACGUGGCCGUGGACGUGGACGUGGACGUGGUCGUGGACGUGGACGUGGACAUGGACGUGGUCGUGGACGUGGACGUGGACGUGGACGUGGACGUGGACGAGGACGUGGACGUGGACGUGGAGGACGUGGACGUGGACGUGGAGGACGUGGACGUGGUCGUGGACGUGGACGUGGACGUGGUCAUGGUCGUGGUCGUGGACGUGGACGUGGUCAUGGUCGUGGACGUGGACGUGGUCGUGGACGUGGACGUGGACGUGGUCGUGGUCGUGAACGUGGACGUGGUCGUGGACGUGGACGUGGACGUGGACGUGGUCGUGGACGUGGACGUGGACGUGGACCUUGACGUGGACGUGGACGUGGACCUGGACAUGGACGUGGACGUGGACCUGGACGUGGACGUGGACGUGGACGUGGUCGUGGACGUGGACGUGGACGUGGACUUGGACGUGGACGUGGACGUGGACGUGGACGUGGACGUGGUCAUGGACGUGGACGUGGACGUGGACAUGGACUUGGACGUGGACGUGGACGUGGACGUGGACGUGGACGUGGACGUGGACGUGGUCGUGGACGUGGACGUGGACGUGGACAUGGACGUGGACGUGGACGAGGACGUGGACGUGGACGUGGACGUGGACUUGGACGUGGACGUGGAAGUGGACGUAGACGUGGACGUGGACGUGGAAGUGGACGUGGACGUGGUCGUGGCCCUGGACGUGGACGUGGACGUGGACGUGGUCGUGGACGUGGACUUGGACGUGGACGUGGACGUGGAGGUGGACGUGGACGUGGACGUGGAGGUGGACGUGGACGUGGAGGUGGACGUGGACGUUGACGUGGACGUGGACGUGGUCGUGGACGUGGACGUGGACAUGGACGUGGACCUGGUCGUGGAGGUGGACGUGGACGUGGUCGUGGACGUGGACGUGGACGUGGAGGUGGACGUGGACGUGGACGUGGACGUGGAGGUGGAAGUGGACGUGGACGUGGAAGUGGACGUGGACGUGGACGUGGACGUGGAUGUGGACGUGGACGUGGUCGUGGCCCUGGACGUGGACGUGGACGUGGUCGUGGACGUGGACGUGGACGUGGACGUGGUCGUGGACGUGGACUUGGACGUGGACGUGGACGUGGACGUGGUCGUGGACGUGGAAGUGGACGUGGACGUGGAGGUGGACGUGGACGUGGAGGUGGACGUGGACGUUGACGUGGACGUGGACGUGGUCGUGGACGUGGACGUGGACUUGGACGUGGACGUGGACGUGGUCGUGGAUGUGGACGUGGACGUGGACGUGGACGUGGACGUGGACGUGGAGGUGGACGUGGACGUGGACGUGGACGUGGAUGUGGACGUGGACGUGGACGUGGACGUGGUCGUGGACGUGGACGUGGACGUGGACGUGGAGGUGGAGGUGGUCGUGGACGUGGACGUGGACGUCGACGUGGACGUGGACGACGUGGACGUGGACGUUGACGUGGACGUGGACGUGCACGUGGAGGUGGACGUGGACGUGGACGUGGAGGUGGACGUGGACGUGGACGUGGACGUGGUCGUGGACGUGGACGUGGAGGUGGAGGUGGUCGUGGACGUGGACGUGGACGUGGACGUCGACGUGGACGUGGACGACGUGGACGUGGACGUGGACGUGGACGUGCACGUGGACGUUGACAUGGACGUGGACGUGGACGUGGUCGUGGACGUGGACGUGGUCGUGGACGUGGACGUGGUCGUGGACGUGGUCGUGGACGUGGUCGUGGACGUAGACGUGGACGUGGACGUGGACGUGGUCGUGGUCGUGGACGUGGACGUGGACGUGGACGUGGACGUGGACGUGGUCGUGGUCGUGGACGUGGACGUGGACUUGGUCGUGGACGUGGACGUGGACGUGGUCGUGGACGUGGACGUGGACGUGGACAUGGACGUGGACGUGGACGAGGACGUGGACGUGGACGAGGACGUGGACAUGGACGUGGACAUGGAGGACGUGGACGUGGACGUGGAGGACGUGGACAUGGACGUGGACGUGGACGUGGACGUUGUCGUAGACGUGGACGUGGACGUGGAUGUGGACGUGGACUUGAACGUGGACGUGGACGUGGACGUGGACGUGGCCGUGGACGUGGACGUGGACGUGGACGUGGACCUGGCCCUGGACGUGGACGUGGACGUGGACGUGGACGUGGACCUGGCCCUGGACGUGAACGUGGUCGUGGACGUGGACGUGGACGUGGCCGUGGACGUGGACGUGGACCUGGACGUGGACGUGGACGUGGACGUGGACGUGGACGUGGAGGACGUGGACGUGGUCGUGGACGUGGACGUGGACGUGGACGUGGACGUGGACAUGGAGGACGUGGUCGUGGACGUGGUCGUGGACGUGGACGUGGACGUGAAGGACGUGGACGUGGACGUGGACGUGGACGUGGUCGUGGACGUGGACGUGGACGUGGACGUGGACGUGGACGUGGACGUGGACGUGGACGUGGUCGUGGACGUGGACGUGGACGUGGACGUGGACGUGGACGUGGACGUGGUCGUGGACGUGGACGUGGACGUGGACCUGGUCGACGUGGACGUGGACGUGGACGUGGACGUAGACUUGGACGUGGACGUGGACGUGGACGUGGACAUGGCCCUAGACGUGGACGUGGACGUGGACGUGGACGUGGUCGUGGACGUGGACGUGGACGUGGACGUGGUCGUGGACGCAGACGUGGACGUAGACGUGGACGUGGACGUGGACUUGGACGUGGAGGUGGACGUGGACGUGGACGUGGAGGACGUGGACGUGGAGGACGUGGAUGUGGACGUGGACGUGGACGUGGUCGUGGACGUGGACGUGGUCGUAGACGUGGACGUGGUCGUGGACGUGGACGUGGACGUGGAUCUGGACGUGGACGUGGACGUGGACGUGGUCGUGGUCGUGGACGUGGACGUGGACGUGGACGUGGACGUGGUCGUGGACGUGGAUGAGGACGUGGAGAGGGACGUGGACGUGGACGUGGCCGUGGACGUGGACGUGGACGUGGCCGUGGACGUGGACGUGGACGUGGACGUGGUCGUGGACGUGGACGUGGACAUGGACGUGGUCGUGGACGUGGACGUGGACGUGGACGUGGACGUGGACGAGGACGUGGACGUGGACGUGGAGGACGUGGACGUGGACGUGGAGGACGUGGACGUGGUCGUGGACGUGGACGUGGACGUGGUCAUGGUCGUGGUCGUGGACGUGGACGUGGUCGUGGUCGUGGACGUGGACGUGGUCGUGGACGUGGACGUGGACGUGGUCGUGGUCGUGAACGUGGACGUGGUCGUGGACGUGGACGUGGACGUGGACGUGGUCGUGGACGUGGACGUGGACCUUGACGUGGACGUGGACGUGGACCUGGACGUGGACGUGGACGUGGACCUGGACGUGGACGUGGACGUGGACGUGGUCGUGGACGUGGACGUGGACGUGGACUUGGACGUGGACGUGGACGUGGACGUGGACGUGGACGUGGUCAUGGACGUGGACGUGGACGUGGACAUGGACUUGGACGUGGACGUGGACGUGGACGUGGACGUGGACGUGGACGUGGUCGUGGACGUGGACGUGGACGUGGACAUGGACGUGGACGUGGACGAGGACGUGGACGUGGACGUGGACGUGGACUUGGACGUGGACGUGGAAGUGGACGUAGACGUGGACGUGGACGUGGAAGUGGACGUGGACGUGGUCGUGGCCCUGGACGUGGACGUGGACGUGGACGUGGUCGUGGACGUGGACUUGGACGUAGACGUGGACGUGGAGGUGGACGUGGACGUGGACGUGGAGGUGGACGUGGACGUGGAGGUGGACGUGGACGUUGACGUGGACGUGGACGUGGUCGUGGACGUGGACGUGGACAUGGACGUGGACCUGGUCGUGGAGGUGGACGUGGACGUGGUCGUGGACGUGGACGUGGACGUGGAGGUGGACGUGGACGUGGACGUGGACGUGGACGUGGACGUGGACGUGGACGUGGACAUGGUCGUGGUCGUGGACGUGGACGUGGACGUGGAGGUGGACGUGGACGUGGACGUGGACGUGGACGUCGACGUGGACGUGGACGACGUGGACGUGGACGUUGAUGUGGACGUGGACGUGCACGUAGACGUUGACAUGGACGUGGACGUGGACGUGGUCGUGGACGUGGACGUGCUCGUGGUCGUGGACGUGGACAUGGACGUGGACGUGGACGAGGUCGUGGACGUCGACGUGGACAAGGACGUGGACGUGGACGUGGUCGUGGUCGUGGUCGUGGACGUGGACGUGGACGUGGACGUGGACGUGGUUGUGGUCGUGGACGUGGACGUGGACUUGGUCGUGGACGUGGACGUGGACGUGGUCGUGGACGUGGACGUGGACGUGGUCCUGGACGUGGACGUGGACGUGGACGUGGACGUGGACAUGGACGUGGACAUGGAGGAUGUGGACGUGGACGUGGAGGACGUGGACGUUGACGUGGACGUGGAUGUGGACGUGGACGUGGUCGUGGUCGUGGACGUGGACGUGGACGUGGACGUGGACGUGGACGUGGUCGUGGUCGUGGACGUGGACGUGGUCGUGGUCGUGAACGUAGACGUGGUCGUGGACGUGGACGUGGACGUGGACGUGUUCGUGGACGUGGACGUGGACGUGGACCUGGACGUGGACGUGGACGUGGACCUGGACGUGGACGUGGACGUGGACCUGGACGUGGACGUGGACGUGGACGUGGUCGUGGACGUGGACGUGGACGUGGACUUGGACGUGGACGUGGACGUGGACGUGGACGUGGACGUGGACGUGGUCAUGGACGUGGACGUGGACGUGGACAUGGACGUGGUCAUGGACGUGGACGUGGACGUGGACGUGGUCAUGGACGUUGACGUGGACGUGGUCGUGGACGUGGACGUGGACGUGGACGUGGACGUGGUCAUGGACGACGUGGACGUGGUCGUGGACGUGGACGUGGACGUGGACCUGGACGUGGACGUGGACGAGGACGUGGACGUGGACGUGGACGUGGACUUGGACGUGGACGUGGAAGUGGACAUGGACGUGGAAGUGGACGUGGACGUGGACGUGGACGUGGAUGUGGACGUGGACGUGGUCGUGGCCCUGGACGUGGACGUGGACGUGGUCGUGGACGUGGACGUGGACGUGGACGUGGUCGUGGACGUGGACUUGGACGUGGACGUGGACGUGGUCGUGGACGUGGAAGUGGACGUGGACGUGGAGGUGGACGUGGACGUGGAGGUGGACGUGGACGUUGACGUGGACGUGGACGUGGUCGUGGACGUGGACGUGGACUUGGACGUGGACGUGGACGUGGUCGUGGAUGUGGACGUGGACGUGGUCGUGGACGUGGACGUGGACGUGGAGGUGGACGUGGACGUGGACGUGGACGUGGAGGUGGACGUGGACGUGGACGUGGACGUGGUCGUGGACGUGGACGUGGACGUGGACGUGGAGGUGGAGGUGGUCGUGGACGUGGACGUGGACGUCGACGUGGACGUGGACGACGUGGACGUGGACGUUGACGUGGACGUGGACGUGCACGUGGAGGUGGACGUGGACGUGGACGUGGAGGUGGACGUGGACGUGGACGUGGACGUGGUCGUGGACGUGGACGUGGAGGUGGAGGUGGUCGUGGACGUGGACGUGGACGUGGACGUCGACGUGGACGUGGACGACGUGGACGUGGACGUGGACGUGGACGUGCACGUGGACGUUGACAUGGACGUGGACGUGGACGUGGUCGUGGACGUGGACGUGGUCGUGGUCGUGGACGUGGACGUGGUCGUGGACGUGGUCGUGGACGUGGUCGUGGACGUAGACGUGGACGAGGACGUGGACGUGGACGUGGUCGUGGUCGUGGACGUGGACGUGGACGUGGACGUGGACGUGGACGUGGACGUGGUCGUGGUCGUGGACGUGGACGUGGACUUGGUCGUGGACGUGGACGUGGACGUGGUCGUGGACGUGGACGUGGACGUGGACAUGGACGUGGACGUGGACGAGGACGUGGACGUGGACGAGGACGUGGACAUGGACGUGGACAUGGAGGACGUGAACGUGGACGUGGAGGACGUGGACAUGGACGUGGACGUGGACGUGGACGUUGUCGUAGACGUGGACGUGGACGUGGAUGUGGACGUGGACUUGAACGUGGACGUGGACGUGGACGUGGACGUGGCCGUGGACGUGGACGUGGACCUGGCCCUGGACGUGGACGUGGACGUGGACGUGGACGUGGACCUGGCCCUGGACGUGAACGUGGUCGUGGACGUGGACGUGGACGUGGCCGUGGACGUGGACGUGGACCUGGACGUGGACGUGGACGUGGACGUGGACGUGGAGGACGUGGACGUGGUCGUGGACGUGGACGUGGACGUGGACGUGGAGGACGUGGUCGUGGACGUGGAGGACGUGGACGUGGACGUAGACGUGGACGUGGACGUGGACGUGGACGUGGUCGUGGACGUGGACGUGGACGUGGACCUGGACGUGGAGGACGUGGACGUGGAGGACGUGGACGUGGACGUAGACGUGGACGUGGACGUGGACGCGGUCGUGGACGUGGUCGUGGACGAGGACGUGGACGUGGUCGUGGACGUGGACGUGGACGUGGUCGUGGACGUGGACGUGGACGUGGACGUGGUCCUGGACGUGGACGUGGACGUGGUCCUGGACGUGGACGUGGACGUGGACGUGGACAUGGACGUGGACGUGGAGGACGUGGACGUGGACGUGGCGGACGUGGACGUUGACGUGGACGUUGACGUGGACGUGGACGUUGUCGUAGACGUGGACGUGGACGUGGACGUGGAUGUGGACGUGGACUUGAACGUGGACGUGGACGUGGACAUGGCCGUGGACGUGGACGUGGCCGUGGACGUGGAUGUGGACCUGGCCCUGGACGUGGACGUGGAUGUGGACGUGGACGUGGACGUGGACGUGGACGUGGUCCCUGACGUGGACGUGGACGUGGACGUGGAGGACGUGGACGUGGACGUGGACAUGGACGUGGACGUGGACGUGGUCGUGGACGUGGACAUGGACGUUGACGUGGACGUGGUCGUGGACGUGGACGUGGACGUGGAGGACAUGGACGUGGAGGACGUGGACGUGGACGUGGACGUGGUCGUGGACGUGGACGUGGACGUGGACGUGGUCGUGGACGUGGACGUGGACGUGGUCGUGGACGUGGACGUGGGCGUGGACGUGGACGUGGACGUGGACGUGGACGUGGACCUGGACGUGGACGUGGACGUGGACGUGGGCGUGGUCGUGGACGUGGACGUGGAGGACGUUGACGUGGACGUGGAGCACGUGGACGAGUACGUAGACGUGGUCGUGGACGUGGACGUGGACGUGGUCGUGGACGUGGACGAGGACGUGGACACGGACGUGGACGUGGACGUGGACGUGGACGUGGACGUGGACUUGGACGUGGACGUGGACGUGGACGUGGACGUGGCCGUGGACGUGGACGUGGACGUGGUCGUGGACGUGGUCGUGGACGUGGACGUGGACGUGGUCGUGGACGUGGACGAGGACGUGGACAGGGACGUGGACGUGGACGUGGACGUGGACGUGGACAGGGACGUGGACGUGGACGUGGACGUGGACUUGGACGUGGACGUGGACGUGGACGUGGACGUGGCCGUGGACGUGGACAUGGACGUGGACGUGGACGUGGUCGUGGACGUGGACGUGGACGUGGACGUGGACGUGGACGUGGACGUGGUCGUGGACGUGGACGUGGACGUGGACGUGGACGUGGACGUGGACUUGGACGUGGACGUGGACGGGGACGUGGACGUGGACGUGGAGGACGUGGACGUGGACGUGGACGUGGAGGACGUGGACGUGGACGUGGACGUGGACGUGGUCGUGGACGUGGACGUGGUCGUGGACGUGGACGUGGACGUGGUCGUGGACGUGGACGUGGACGUGGACGUGGACGUGGAGAACGUGGACGUGGACGUGGACGUGGACGUGGACGUGGACCUGGAGAACGUGGACGUGGACGUGGAGGACGUGGACGUGGACGUGGACGUGGAUGUGGACGUGGACGUGGUCGUGGACGUGGACGUGGACGUGGACGUGGUCGUGGACGUGGACGUGGAUGUGGACGUGGACGUGGAUGUGGACGUGGACGUGGACGUGGACGUGGAGGACGUGGACGUGGACGUGGAGGACGUGGACGUGGACGUAGACGUGGACGUGGACGAGGACGUGGACGUGGACGAGGACGCGGUCGUGGACGUGGACGUGGUCGUGGACGGGGACGUGGACGUGGACGAGGACGUGGACGUGGACGUGGUCGUGGACGUGGACGUGGACGUGGUCGUGGACGUGGACGUGGACGUGGACGUGGACGUGGAUGUGGUCCUGGACGUGGACGUGGACGUGGACGUGGACGUGGACGUGGACAUGGACGUGGACAUGGAGGACGUGGACGUGGACGUGGAGGACGUGGACGUUGACGUGGACGUGGACGUGGACGUUGUCGUAGACGUGGACGUGGACGUGGACGUGGAGGUGGACGUGGACUUGAACGUGGACGUGGACGUGGACGUGGACGUGGCCGUGGACGUGGACGUGGCCGUGGACGUGGACUUGGACCUGGCCCUAGACGUGGACGUGGACGUGGACGUGGACGUGGAGGACGUGGACGUGGUCGUGGACGUGGACGUGGACGUGGACGUGGACGUGGAGGACGUGGUCGUGGACGUGGAGGACGUGGACGUGGACGUAGACGUGGACGUGGACGUGGACGUGGACGUGGUCGUGGACGUGGACGUGGACGUGGACCUGGACGUGGAGGACGUGGACGUGGACGACGUGGACGUGGACGUAGACGUGGACGUGGACGUGGACGCGGUCGUGGACGUGGUCGUGGACGAGGACGUGGACGUGGUCGUGGACGUGGACGUGGACGUGGUCGUGGACGUGGACGUGGACGUGGACGUGGUCCUGGACGUGGACGUGGACGUGGUCCUGGACGUGGACGUGGACGUGGACGUGGACAUGGACGUGGACGUGGAGGACGUGGACGUGGACGUGGCGGACGUGGACGUUGACGUGGACGUUGACGUGGACGUGGACGUUGUCGUAGACGUGGACGUGGACGUGGACGUGGAUGUGGACGUGGACUUGAACGUGGACGUGGACGUGGACAUGGCCGUGGACGUGGACGUGGCCGUGGACGUGGAUGUGGACCUGGCCCUGGACGUGGACGUGGAUGUGGACGUGGACGUGGACGUGGACGUGGACGUGGUCCCUGACGUGGACGUGGACGUGGACGUGGAGGACGUGGACGUGGACGUGGACGUGGACGUGGACGUGGACGUGGUCGUGGACGUGGACAUGGACGUUGACGUGGACGUGGUCGUGGACGUGGACGUGGACGUGGAGGACAUGGACGUGGAGGACGUGGACGUGGACGUGGACGUGGUCGAGGACGUGGACGUGGACGUGGACGUGGUCGUGGACGUGGACGUGGACGUGGUCGUGGACGUGGACGUGGGCGUGGACGUGGACGUGGACGUGGACGUGGACCUGGACGUGGACGUGGACGUGGACGUGGGCGUGGUCGUGGACGUGGACGUGGAGGACGUUGAUGUGGACGUGGAGCACGUGGACGAGUACGUAGACGUGGUCGUGGACGUGGACGUGGACGUGGUCGUGGACGUGGACGAGGACGUGGACACGGACGUGGACGUGGACGUGGACGUGGACGUGGACGUGGACUUGGACGUGGACGUGGACGUGGACGUGGACGUGGCCGUGGACGUGGACGUGGACGUGGACGUGGUCGUGGACGUGGUCGUGGACGUGGACGUGGACGUGGUCGUGGACGUGGACGAGGACGUGGACAGGGACGUGGACGUGGACGUGGACGUGGACGUGGACAGGGACGUGGACGUGGACGUGGACGUGGACUUGGACGUGGACGUGGACGUGGACGUGGACGUGGACGUGGCCGUGGACGUGGACAUGGACGUGGACGUGGACGUGGUCGUGGACGUGGACGUGGACGUGGACGUGGACGUGGACGUGGACGUGGUCGUGGACGUGGACGUGGACGUGGACGUGGACGUGGACUUGGACGUGGACGUGGACGGGGACGUGGACGUGGACGUGGAGGACGUGGACGUGGACGUGGACGUGGAGGACGUGGACGUGGACGUGGACGUGGACGUGGUCGUGGACGUGGACGUGGUCGUGGUCGUGGACGUGGACGUGGACGUGGACGUGGACGUGGAGAACGUGGACGUGGACGUGGACGUGGACGUGGACGUGGAGAACGUGGACGUGGACGUGGAGGACGUGGACGUGGACGUGGACGUGGAUGUGGACGUGGACGUGGUCGUGGACGUGGACGUGGACGUGGACGUGGACGUGGACGUGGACGUGGACGUGGAUGUGGACGUGGACGUGGAUGUGGACGUGGACGUGGACGUGGACGUGGAGGACGUGGACGUGGACGUGGAGGACGUGGACGUGGACGUAGACGUGGACGUGGACGAGGACGUGGACGUGGACGAGGACGCGGUCGUGGACGUGGACGUGGUCGUGGACGGGGACGUGGACGUGGACGAGGACGUGGACGUGGACGUGGUCGUGGACGUGGACGUGGACGUGGUCGUGGACGUGGACGUGGACGUGGACGUGGACGUGGAUGUGGUCCUGGACGUGGACGUGGACGUGGACGUGGACGUGGACGUGGACGUGGACAUGGACGUGGACAUGGAGGACGUGGACGUGGACGUGGAGGACGUGGACGUUGACGUGGACGUGGACGUGGACGUUGUCGUAGACGUGGACGUGGACGUGGACGUGGAGGUGGACGUGGACUUGAACGUGGACGUGGACGUGGACGUGGACGUGGCCGUGGACGUGGACGUGGCCGUGGACGUGGACGUGGACCUGGCCCUAGACGUGGACGUGGACGUGGACCUGGACAUGGACGUGGACGAGGACGUGGACGUGGACGUGGACUUGGACGUGGACGUGGACGUGGACGUGGACGUGGACGUGGUCGUGGACGUGGACGUGGACGUGGUCGCGGACGUGGACGUGGACGUGGACUUGGACGUGGACGUGGACGUGGACGUGGAGGACGUGGACGUGGACGUGGAGGACGUGGACGUGGAGGACGUGGACAUGGACGUGGACGUGGACGUGGAAGUGGUCGACGUGGACGUGGACGUGGAGGACGUGGACGUGGACGUCGACGUCGACGUGGACGUGGAGGUGGACUUGGACGUGGUCGUGGACGUGGACGUGGACGUGGACGUGGACGUGGUCGUGGACGUGGACGAGGACGUGGACGUGGACGUGGACGUGGACUUGGACGUGGACGUGGACGUGGACGUGGGCGUGGACAUGGCCCUGGACGUGGACGUGGACGUGGACGUGGACGUGGUCGUGGACGUGGACGUGGACGUGGACGUGGUCGUGGACGUGGACGACGUGGAGGACGUGGACGUGGAGGACGUGGACGUGGACGUGGACGUGGACGUGGACGUGGUCGUAGACGUGGACGUGGACGUGGUCGUGGACGUCGACGUGGACGUGGACGUGGACGUGGACGUGGACGUGGUCGUGGACGUGGACGUGGACGUGGACGUGGACGAGGACGUGGACGUGGACGUGGACGUUGCUUUGGACGUGGACGUGGACGUGGACGUGGACAUGGCCCUGGACGUGGACGUGGACGUGGACGUGGACCUGGACCUGGACGUGGACGUGGACGUGGACGUCGACGUGGACGUGGCCCUGGACGUGGACGUGGAUGUGGACCUGGACCUGGACCUGGACGUGGACGUGGACUUGGUCGUGGACGUCGACGUGGACGUGGACGUGGACGUGGACCUGGUCAUGGACGUGGACGUGGACGUGGUCGUCGACGUGGACGUGGACGUGGACGUGGACGUGGUCGUGGACGUGGACGUGGUCGUGGACGUGGACGUGGACGUGGACGUGGUCGUGGACGUGGACGUGGACGUGGACGUGGACGUGGUCGUGGACGUGGACGUGGACGUGGACGUGGAUGGGAUGUGGACGUCCUAA